AUGGCUCGAGUACCGGGGAAAGGCCUGGUGGCUCUACUGCUCGUUGCUGUCGUCAGCUUGCUGUGUGUGACGCAAGUCGCGUCAGCUUAUACCGGGUACCAGCAGUUGGUAGCGAAGCUGACGAAGAAGGGAUACAGCACCUCCCUUGCCGCGUGGCAAACUUCUGGCCUGAACAACACGCUCAAGCAGUUCCUCCCAACGUCGCAGAUGACGAUAUUCGUGCCGCGCAACAGCGCGUUUGACAAGCUCACGGGCAGCUUCCAGUACUCGAAGCUCAAGAAGAACAAAGUGGCUCUUCUCCAGGUCAUGUCGUUCCACGUCCUCAAGCAACGCUUCUACGCCUCCACCCUGGAGGCGCUUAAAACGGGCACGCAGGUGAGAAUGGCAGAGUAG